AUGAAAUCAAGCUCGACAAUUAUCAAAAAUAUUCUUUUUGAAACAAUUGAAAAUCCUUUGAAUGAACAUUUUAAAGACAAUAUUUUAUCUCUUAUUAUAAAACAUUAUUAUCACACAACAAAUGACAAUGAUGAAUAUAUUUUGAUUUGUUUACAAGAACUUUCAAAUCGAGAACUCAUCAUAGCAGCAGUCGAUAUUGCUCUCAUUAAAUGUCGUUCAUCAAGGAGAUCGAAAGCGAUUCUUGGCAAUUUUCUUGAACGUAUGAAUGGUGAUUUUAUUCGACUUUAUCAUGUACUUAUGUUCAUUGUUGUUGAUUCAUGA